AUGCACAAACUUAUUGAAUCAGAAAUUUGGCUUGCCUGUUCAGCAACUAGAAAGACUAAUAAUCAAACUGUUGAUUGCAUUAAUUGCACCGAUUUAGCGUUGAAGUUGGGAAUUAAAUUAUGCCAAAGUCUUCCCGCCUUCCAUGCAUUUACAGGUUGCGAUUACACGGCAGCCUUUUACAACAAAGGGAAAGUAAAACCUUUUCAGGAAUUUUCGAAAAAUGAAGAAUAUCAAACCGUUUUUGCACCAUUAACAGAUGCUGCUGAUAUUUUCAUUGAUGAAAAAAUGAAGACCGUUCAAGAAUUUGCGGCUAGUAUGUACGGUAUCAGGAACUGCACCAGUGUGAAUGAUGCGAGACAUCAUAUUUUUAUGAAAAAUUACUCUGCAAAAGAAGACAGCGAGCACUUUUUAAAAAAAAUAAAAGGCUUCGACUCCAACUCUAUACCACCAUGCUGGAUAUCAUUAACUCAGAAAAUUUUACGAACUAUUUUCGUAAAUUCCAUGUGGCUUAAUGCAACGGAUCCAAUAUACGUGAAACUUGAGCCUGAGAACUGCGGAUGA